AUGAUCCCGAGAUCCACCCUCUCCAGCACUCCUUUAAAAGUGACGAGCUCGCCCAUCGUUGCUCAUUCAAUUGUCCCGAGAGAUGUUACCACUGAGCCGAUUGUUACUGGCACAAGCAGCGCUUCGUCCGCAAGCUCAAGUCCUACGGCGCCUUCACAGCCCUCCGUCAUAGGUGAUUACAUUUGGUAUGGCUGCCAGACUGAAGCUACUAACAUCCGUGCACUGAGCCUGUAUACCUACGCCGAUGAUGCUAUGACAUUAGGUAGCUGUCAGGCCUUCUGCAGCGGCAAGGGGACAACGUACUUUGGUGUUGAGUAUGCCCGCGAAUGCUACUGUGGCAACAAAUUCGAAACAGGUUCUCUCGAAGCUCCUGAAAGCGAUUGCAAUAUGCUUUGUGCUGGAGACCAGUGGGCAUAUUGCGGUAGUGGCAAUCGCCUCUCUGUAUAUAUCAAAAACGGAACUUCGGAAGCGACAACUACUAGUGGUUCGGGUCCGACUAGUAGUGAUCCCGGGACACCAGAACCUACGGGGUUUCCUGAUGGCUGGACAGACCAGGGCUGUUGGCAAGAUGGGCCCAAUGGUCGUAUCAUGCCAACUUUCCAAGCUCCCGACGACCCUCAGUUGACGCCACAGAAAUGUGCGCAACUCUGUGCUGAUGACGGAUAUACGGUGUCAGGUACUGAGUACUAUACGCAGUGCUUCUGUAGUAAUGCUAUAUAUAAUGGUGGCGUCCGAGGCGAAGACACUUCGAAAUGCUCGACACCUUGCGGAGGUAAUAGUCAAGUCAUGUGCGGAGGUGCCGGAUACUUGUCCAUCUACUCGAAAGGUACACCGGAAACGUUCAAAGAGCCCGCUCCGGUAAAAGAAGUGAACGGUACUUGGACGUAUCAAGGCUGUUACGAGGACAAUGUUAAUAAUCAGAGGACCCUUUUUUGGUCCUUAAGGUUCCCUACCCCCAUGACCCCUGAGCAGUGUCUGGGUAAAUGCGCUUCUUUUGGCUAUGCCGCCGGCGGUAUGGAGUAUGGCGAAGAAUGUUAUUGUGGUGACCCUAUGGACGUUGAUGCUUCAGGUGCCACAGUAAGGCCUGAGAGCGAAUGCAAUAUCGUAUGUGCCGGAAAUGCCUCCGCGAUAUGUGGAGGUGGUGCUCGGCUUUCAAUGUACUAUUGGACUGGCGAAACCCCCCUUUAUGUGUUUAAUUACCCCCAAGGAAAUGAUGCAGGUUCCUACUCCAACCUAGUCGGCGGUGUCGUUACCCCUCUAAUGACUAUGCAAUCGAUCACCGGCAAGGUUACCUUCCUGGAGAAAUGGGGAACUGGCGCAGCAAAUAGCACGGGGGCCUAUGAACUGGACCUUAGCCGGCUCGAUGAUUUCGAUGCUGCCUGGAGAACCAUGCACGUUAAGACUGAUAUCUUCUGCUCUGCGGGAGUCAUUCUGCCCGACAAGGCAGGACGACAGCUUACCGUCGGUGGCUGGUCCCUCGAUUCGACAUAUGGCAUCCGUCUAUACGCGCCUGAUGGAUCGGACGGCGUAAAGGGUACAAACGACUGGGAAGAAAAUGUCAACACUCUAAAGCUUCAGAGAGGACGAUGGUACCCAAGCGCUAUGCUUAUGGCGAACGGGUCCAUUUUAGUCGUUGGUGGUGAGAUUGGUUCAAACGACAGGCCCGAACCUUCUCUUGAGAUUCUUCCCAACGUUGGUCCCUAUCUUUACAUGGACUGGCUUGAACGUACAGAUCCGAAUAAUCUAUAUCCAUUUUUGGCAGUCCUUCCCGGCGGUGGAAUUUUUGUUGCGUAUUGGAACGAAGCCAGAAUCCUGGACGAAGUUACCUUUGACACGAUACAGACUUUACCGAACAUGCCUGGCGCUGUCAACGAUGACCUUGGGGGCCGUACUUAUCCUCUUGAGGGGGCUGCUGUUCUCUUGCCUCAGUUUGCCCCAUAUACGGAUCCCCUUGGUAUCCUCUUAUGCGGUGGUUCGACCGAUGGCCAUUCUGCUCUCGACAAUUGCGUAUCUAUGUACCCCGAAGCGCCCAACCCCGAAUGGACUCUCGAGCGUAUGCCUUCCAAGCGUGUCAUGAGUUGCAUGGCACCCUUGCCAGAUGGAACCUAUCUUAUUGCCAACGGUGCCCACGAAGGCGUUGCCGGUUUCGGUCUUGCGGAUGAUCCCAACUACAAUGCUAUCCUAUACGAUCCAUUUAAGCCAAUUGGCUCCCGUAUGUCCGUCAUGGCCAACACAACCGUCGCGCGUCUCUACCACAGCGAAGCUAUCACUCUCCUCGACGGCCGCGUCCUGAUUACGGGCUCUGACCCCCAGGAUGGCAAACACCCACAGGAGAUCCGCGUUGAAGUCUUCACACCUCCAUACCUCUACAGCAAUAAACCACGCCCGUCCUUCACCAUCACGAACAAAGAUUGGGAUUACAAUGAGGAAGUUAGCUUCGACCUAGGUGAAGAACCUGAGGGAGAGAUCAAAGUCUCGCUGCUUGGAGCAGUAUCUAGCACCCAUGGCAAUUCGAUGGGAGCGCGAACCCUGUUCCCGGAGGUCUCGUGCUACGGCACUAAGUGUACCGUCGUUGCACCCCCGAGGGUCCACAUCGCUCCCGCGGGGUGGUACCAGAUGUAUGUUUUACAAGAUGACAUACCGGCUGUCGGUACCUAUGUUCGUAUCGGAGGCGACCCGGGUAAGCUUGGAAAUUGGCCGCAAGGCGAUGACUUUACUCGACCGGGCGUCUGA